AAUUGUGCACUGCCAGUACCGUGAAAAAAAUUAACCGAGAAACUUCAAUCAUCCACGAACCGGCCUAGAAGGACAACCUCCAUUCAAGUUGCACCCUCAACAACCCCGUCUUCUCAGCGAUACCACACAUCAAUCGCGCCCCUUACCGACCUGUUCCUCGCUAACGACGCCCCUCCGCCGCUGCUCUAGCAAUCAUGGGUAAAGGAAAACCUCGUGGACUCAACGCCGCCAGAAAGCUGCGGCUGCACCGAAAGGAGCAGAAGUGGGCCGACCUCGGAUACAAGAAGCGCGCUCUCGGUACCGCGUUCAAGUCCUCGCCGUUCGGUGGCUCUUCCCACGCCAAGGGCAUCGUCCUCGAGAAGGUCGGCGUCGAAGCCAAGCAGCCCAAUUCCGCCAUCCGGAAGUGCGUCCGAGUACAGCUCAUCAAGAACGGAAAGAAGGUCACUGCUUUCGUCCCCAACGACGGUUGCUUGAACUUCGUAGACGAGAACGACGAGGUCCUCCUGGCUGGUUUCGGUCGCAAGGGCAAGGCCAAGGGUGAUAUUCCCGGUGUGCGAUUCAAGGUCGUCAAGGUCUCGGGUGUCGGUCUGCUGGCCCUGUGGAAGGAGAAGAAGGAGAAGCCGAGGUCGUAGACGGGGGCGGCUCGGUUUCGGGGGCGAAACGGUAUUAAAAAAAGGAAUACGCGUGACGAAGAGAACAUCAUUUGGGCAUGCGGAGUCGAUACGGCUUGCUUUGUUUCAUCGGCAUCAUGAGGUCAGGGCCUUGAUACACUUUUCAUAGGUGGACGCGAUCCAAGAAUAGAGGUCGGUUUGUCGCCAGAGCACACACUGUUUCUCAUCCGAAAGGAUUAUGGUGACCUGGU